ACUCUUCUCCCUCAAUCUUUGUAUUUUUCGCUUUUGCUGGAUUCCUGCUGCAUUGGUUACCGAUCUGCUCCGUCAGGCCUUUUCCGACUUGAGACAUUUACCCGCCCCUUUCUUCCUCUAUCCCUAUACUUCCUAGCGCUCAUCCAUGAGUUUAUGGAUGUGUCUGGUUCUGGAUUUAUUGUCUACCCAUAUCCCCCUCUGCCCCUGUAAGCGGUGUAAAGUCAGUCUCUAUUUCAACUUACAGCUUGCAGUCAUGACCUCUGGCAAGGCGCACAUCGGAAAGCCCGCCCCGCCCUUCCAGGCCACCGCCGUGGUGGAUGGCGCCUUCAAGGAGGUGAAGCUUUGCGACUACAAAGGGAAAUACUUGGUCCUCUUUUUCUACCCGCUGGACUUCACCUUCGUCUGCCCCACGGAGAUCAUCGCCUUCAGCGAGCAUGCCGAGGACUUCCGCAAGCUGGGCUGUGAGGUCCUGGGGGUCUCCGUGGACUCUCAGUUCACCCACCUGGCUUGGAUCAACACUCCCAGGAAGGAAGGAGGGUUGGGCCCCCUGAACAUCCCCCUGGUGGCUGAUGUAACCAGAAGUUUAUCUGAAGAUUAUGGUGUGCUGAAGGAAGAUGAAGGCAUUGCCUACAGGGGCCUCUUUAUCAUCGAUGGCAAGGGUGUCCUUCGCCAGAUCACUGUCAAUGAUUUGCCUGUGGGGCGCUCCGUGGAUGAAGUUCUGCGGCUGGUUCAGGCCUUCCAGUACACGGAUGAGCACGGGGAAGUAUGCCCUGCUGGCUGGAAGCCAGGCAGUGACACAAUCAAGCCUAACGUGGACGACAGCAAGGAAUACUUCUCCAAACACAACUAGACUGCAGACAUGCGGAAAGCUUGGGCUGUUGGCCCCCACCUACACCCCUACGUGGAUACCCCAUGCUGACCCAGGAAAGGCCGGACCUGCCCCUUUAAACUCCAUGACCCUGGAGGGCUUGUCCAAGGCCUUCUCAUUCUCCCAGCUGGGAGCUGGUGAAUGGUGAGCCCCUCCCUGGAGCCCAUCUAGCUGGGCCCAGGCCAAAAGGUGACCAAUAAAGUACUAGGACAGACAGGA